GAAUCGACGUUCAUUAUUGUCUCCGUCAUCCACGUUUGCCGCGUCUCAUGCGAAGUUUGAACGGGUAUGGAUCAACUGUUUCACUUUGACUGUCGUAGUGUGCGAUAUGGACUUGUGUAGCCGGUUAAUUUUGUCUAAAACUUUUAGAACAAUAAACAGCAUAUGACCUCUGUUUCUAAUUAAUGGUAAUUCAUUGCGACCAGACGACAUCAUUUACAAAAUUCUGCUCAUCGGUGUACAGAGGUGCGAUGGUUUGGUAGUGGAAGUUUGAAGAGUUUAAAAAUCCUUGAUUUGGGUGUAUCUGUGACUACCUGUAAAAAGUUAUUUUGGUCAUAUCUGUCUCACAGUGAACAUAUUUCAAAAGAGCUUUGUCUGAAAACAGCUAACAUGGCCGAACAGGAAGAAGAUCCUUUAAUGAGUUCACAGAACCUGACCUGUCCACUAUGCUUGGAAAUGUUUAAAGAUGCAACUAUUCUCACAUGUGGACACACUUUUUGUCGCAUUUGCCUCGAAAACUAUGACGAGACCCAGAGAGAAGUUGCUGACAUGGCUUGUCCGCUCUGUAGGGUGACAACUAAAUUGGACAGCCAGUGCACAGCCUGUGAAUUUGGAAAGGAUGCGGUUUCUUUCUGCAUUGCUUGCAGUUAUUACAUGUGUGAGGGAUGUGACGAGGGACACGGCCAGUUGAUGACAACAUUCUUCAAGGGUCACCAGGUAGUCUCACUGGAUGAUGUGAAAGAGAAGGAUAUCAGCAUUGAUGAGUUAUCUAACAAAUGUUCCAUACACAAGCGAGAUGACAAGGAUUUGUUCUGCAAGGAUUGCAAGGUAUUCAUCUGUUACAAGUGUACGAUCGUCAGUCAUCGUGAUCAUGUCAUCAAGAACCAACCCGACGUCGUGGAUGAGCUUAAGAAUACGGUAGAUCGGCUGAUCAAGCUGUCUGAGUCAACCAUUGCCUCACUCAAAGAAAAUAUUGGGUUCAUUGAAAAUAAGAAGGAAGGAGUUCAAGAAGCUACCCAGAAACUUCGGGCUGAUGUCAUGGAGGCAGUUCAUGUUAAAUCUAUUCAGCUCCAAGAAAAUGAGCGUAUGCUUCUUGAACAAGUAGAUGCUCUGCAGGAGAGGUGUGAUGGCGACAUAGAUACCUUAAAGGAGAAUGCCGUUAACAGGAUCCAAAAUAUCUCACGUUCACUGGCAUUGGUUAAAGACGGCAUCAAGACACGCCAUCUUGAAAUGGAUAGAUUAACGGAACACUCUUUACUUUGUGAAGAAUUGGAAGCUAUUCUUGGUGAAGCAUUUGAUGAAACGUCUGCGAAGGAUAUAGUGGAGAGUGUGGAAGAGGUGAAAUUUCUUCCGACCGAUAACAUACAUGAAGAAGUUGGCCAGUUCUCAACUCCGACAUGCAGAAUCAUCAACAAAUUUGAGUUUCCCAAACACAUCCAAGGAAUGGUCAAGAAGAACAUCAACAGCGUCGUAAUUGCUCAAUAUGGUGGACAAAGUGUCAUUAAAAUCAAAUCCAAUGGCGAUAAACAGGACAUGCAGAAACUACCGUCUAUGUUCUACUACGACAUUGCUUUUCAGAGCAGGUCCAAGAUGGUGGUUUCUUCCAAUUCCUAUUAUGAAAUUCAUGUGCAUGCCAAGGAUGGAUCUCGUCUGGCGACGAUGGAAGUACCACGAGGUGGUGAUUACCCAAAGGUGAGCAUCGGUCCCUCAGAUGAGAUCUUGGUUGCCAACAAAUCAAGCCAGGUUUUCAUUUACGAGUCAAGCGGACAAACCCUGACACAUACGAUACCGACUCCAAACUUACCAAAGCAAGCCUUUGCCACCAUGUCAGGAGCAAUUGUCACGAGUUCUUGUGAUGCAAACCCCAGUGUGGUACAGCUGUUUGACAAGGAUGGUAACGCAGGUACAUCUAUUCGAGCCCUUCAAGGGGAAUACCUCUAUCCUGCUGUAGAUAGUAAGGACAGGAUCUUUAUUGCCAAAGUCAAGAAGGGCACUCUUCUGCUCACGCUCUAUGAACUAAAGGGUCUUGACCUGAGGAAGAAGGCACAAUUUGAAAAACUGAAAAUAUCCCCAGGUAGCAACGCAUGCUAUUUGGUGUGCCUUUCUCGAGGCAUGCUUGCUUUUGCCUGUGGUUGUUGGCUUUAUUUUGUGAAAGUUCCCUAUAUAUAAUCUGCAUAUUAAUUGUGAUUGCCAUUGCACUUGCUAAUUGCUUGCUUGUAAGCAUGUUAUUUCAUUGUGUUCAUGAUUGUGACACCCAGAAAGUUUAUUGACAUGGUUGAUGAUUUGCAAAAAGGAAUUCUUUCCGCUUUUACUGAAUACAAUUGGCGACAGCAUAAUGGCAAUGAAUCUUAUACACUCUUUAUGAAGAAGAAAAUCAAAUUUUCUUAUUCAUAUUUCUGUUUUCGCAUUAAAUUCGUGUCAUGAAUUGUAAGCAUUGUAAAUAUGAUAUUAUUAAUGAACUAUUAGAAUCCCACUAUUGUAAUAUGAUUCCUGUAAAAAAUGUAUAACUUCUGAGUAAUAUUUACUUAUGGCUGCUAUGCUUUUUGGUUUGUAAAUGGUUUUAAAAAGCGAAUGUGAGUCAAGGCCAAAAUCAUAUUCUUUAGGAUGAUGCGAACUAACAUUGUCUAUGGUUUCUCAUUGAUUAUGUGAUAUAGAUAGCUAUACUUUAAAGUAACUACCCAUGUUGAGAUAAAUACAUAGAAUGAAAUUGGCCUAUUAUUUUAUUUGUAUAAAGAAACUAAAAUGUUUUGAGAGGAACAUAUUUGAUUGGCUACUUGGUACAUAAAUUAUUUUAUUACAUGUACAGCGGUAUGAAUGUAGUGAAUAAGGCUGUUAUCAUUCAAAUUGAGCCGAAUAUUAUAAGUCAAGUCCACCCCUAAAAAGUUAAUUUGAAUAAAUAAAAAUUGAACAAAAAUAAUGCUGAAAAUAUCGU